AUGGCCUUUGUGAAGAUGGAAAGAUGCUUCGAACCCGUGAAUACCUGCGGGGGGUUCCUGAUCCAGGAGGAUGGGGUGGUGAUGGCAGCUCACUGUAGAGUGAAGGGGAGCAAAGACACCGUGGUGCUGGGGGCCCACAACAUUUCAAACAGCAAACCAAGGAGGCAGAAAAUUAGAGUGAGAUGCUGGAUCCACCACCCCAAAUAUAACAAAACGGCCCCAAACAAUGACAUUACGCUGCUGCAGGUACCUCCCCAGUCCCAUCACUCUGCCCCCCGUGACCUCAUGCUGCUGCAGGUACCUCCCCGCUCCCAUCACCCUGCCCCCAGUGACCUCACGCUGCUGCAGGUACCUCCCCUGUCCCAUCACCCUGCCCCCAGUGACCUCACGCUGCUGCAGUGCUCGGACGUGCUGAGGGAAGUGGCUCUGGAGGUGAUGGCUGACGACGCGUGUGAACACAAUUUGACCAAACCAUAUGACGCUGAGUCCAUGAUCUGCGCGGGGUAUCCCAGAGGCAGGAGAGCCGCCCUGAAGGGUGAUUUGGGGGGGCCCCUGGUGUGCGACAGGGUGCCCCAGGGCAUUGUCUCAUGGGGGCCGAGCAACGGGGCCUCUCCUCAAGUGUAUGCAAGAGUCUCCCGGUUCGUCUCCUGGAUAUGGACAGUGAUAAAACAGCUGAAGCCCUUAGAUGCUCCUGGAAUCUCGUCUCGGGCCUGA